AUGUUCCUUUCGACGAAAAUGAACGCCUUCACGUCCUCUUCGCUGACCCAGCGCAGCCGCCUUCUACUACGGAAUGCCCAUGCCUCACCCGCGCUCGGAACCCCAAGAAUCUCUAGACAGAGCUACGCUACGGGCCAAAAGCCAGCUGGGAAGUCCGGAAACUUCAAGGCCACAAGCGAGCAACCUAAGCGGGUUGACCCGAACAGUCCCGAGUACAAGGCCUACCAGAGAACUUGGACAACCGUCAUGAUCGGGACACCCAUCAUCCUUGUCUGCUCUUAUGAGCUCUGGCAAAGGCUUAUUGAGGGCAAGAAGCCUCUUUCUUUAGAACCCAAAGACACGACAGCCCUCACAGAAUUGACACCACACUCGGAGAACCCAAGCACAAGAGCAUAAGGUAUCUGAGUUCUUGUUUGCUUUGACCGUCAUCAAUACAUAAUAUUUUGGUCAUAGUCACGUUGGCCUUCCUUAACAUCGUGUGGCGUUCAACCAAGCCCAUGCAGGACUCAAUGGCCCUGCUGGCGCCGCGGUGCUAGAUACCCGUGCCGUUUCGUUGGUUUACUCCAGAUAAUAAUCAUUCUACAACUGUUCAGU